AUGGCCACUGGUAGUUGUUGCAAAAUGUUGUGAUAGGGUCUUGUCCACACUGAGCCCUGCCCGAGUUGGCUGGUUGUUCCGUCAACACUAUUACAAGGCUGUCUGGACUUAAUGUGGAAUAAAAAGCUGUUUAAAUAAACAAACAAAUGUUGCUGUCAACAUGUAUGUAAUUGGCAAGAAUGAGCUAGCAAAUUAAAAUGGGUGGGAAAAGAAAAAGGCAGAGAUUUUGCUGCAAUAUUGACAUAUCAUUGAGUGAAUAUAAUGAUUUUGAUGAUGCUGAUUUCACUGUGCCUCAACGUAAGAAGCAAGAUUUAUAUUCUUCUGAAAGCGACAGUGAUGAUGAAGAUGAUAACAGCCUCUCUGAUGAUGAAUUGACAACAGACAGUUCUGAAGAUGACGAAGAAGAAAUUGCUGAUGGCAGUGAAGCCAGUUCUGGAGAGGGCCCAAGUGAUGUUGGCAAGAAUGGUAUUGAUAUGGCUGGGGUACAGAAAUGUAUUAAUGAUUCUCAAAAGACCUCACCAUUGACUGCAAAAUGUGAAGAUGAUAGCAAAGUAUUUAAUUCUGGGAAAAAAGGUGAAAAAGAUAUUAUCUCAGAAGAUUGCCCUAUUUGCCUUGGUGAAUUAAUAGAUCAACUAGUUGGGGAGCCAGAGAAGUGCAGGCAUGCAUUUUGUUUUGACUGCAUAAAAGAAUGGUCCAAAAAUGUGAACAGCUGUCCCGUAGAUCGGUUGAAGUUCAACAAACUCUUUGUAAAGAGUUGUGUAAAUGGUCAACUUAUUGAAGAGUUGCAUAUUGCAGAUGUAAAACCAAAAGAAAAUGAUUCCGAUUUUGAGGACCCAACCUUUUGCCAGAUUUGUAACAUGGGAGACCGGGAAGACAGAAUGCUUUUAUGCGAUGAAUGUGACCGUGGAUACCACCUUGAAUGCUUAGAUCCUCCAUUGGAAGAGGUUCCUUCUGGUGACUGGUUUUGCCCUAGAUGCCUCCCCAGCCGGCCGUUGGAUGAAGAAGUCGUCACUGUAACGGCAUACCCAACAAGACGCCGUCGCAGAGGCGCUAGAACUGUGCAGUAUUCGAAUAACUAUGCUAGGCUUGUCAGAGCCUGGUUUACAGAAAACCGGCUUGCUUCCAGGGAAUUCUAUGUUAGUGGGUUUCGGAGAAGGAGAAAAAGAAAAACGAGGAAAACAGAUUCUUCUGCGAAUCCGAGUAGAAAGCGUUCUCGAAAGAAACGAAGUAAGAAGAGGAAAAAGACCACAUCUGUGACAAGUAGGAAGAAAGAGUCAACAAAAAGUAGUGGAACGAUCAAGAAAUCUAGUGGGGCUGGAGCAAAUGAGGCAGGAGGUAAUCGAAGGUUGUCGAUGCUGGGGUCUGCCAGCCUUGAACCCACGCUGAGCUUCAGUUUGCGAGGCAACCCGUUUGAUUUGGAUGAGUUCUGUGAAGAACCACCAGAUGAACAACCCGUAACCAAGACUGAAGUACAACAGCCUGAGUCGAACAACCCUGACGUGCUUUCUGGGAUAAUCCAAGGUUUUGGCAGUCUUGAUCCGGAAAACGUCACGAUAGCCAGGGAUGGAACUUUAAUACAAAAAAAGAAAUACUCGGCUAGAAGAGUAAUAUAUUCAGAUAGCAGUGAUUCCGAGAGUAGCUCUAGAAAAAGAGAGGGAUUUGACAACAUCAAGAAAAGACAGAAGGUCCAUUUUGAAUCAAGUACGGGAAAAGAGGAAGGGCCUAAGUUGCGUGUUAGGCAUUCAAAUGUAAAGCGUCAGAUUGAGGAAAGCUCGUCAGAUGAAGAAGUCGCGAAUCAUAAUGAGUAUCGGCCCCUAGAUGUAAGUGCAACCCGUGAAUUCAGAGAGGUGAAAACGUCUUGUUCCACUGUGAUUUCUUCUGCUCCAACUGCUUCUCGGAGUACUAACGGUUGUCAACCACGGUCAUUAUCAACUGUCGCAAAAUGUGUGCCAAAUGCACCUGUGCCAACAGAUCUAAAGUCUUGGCGAUCACAUUCCUAUGCUUUGGAGUACAAGCCAUUGCCGGCUGUCGAAGAGUUCAAGUCGUUCAAAAUACCAAAAGUGCCAAAGAAGCGCGAAAAUUCAUCAACAGAAAGUUUCAAAGUGACGAGUUCAGCGACAAAAGAAAAUGCUUACCAUGAUACGCUUAUUCGUAAAGCUCGCCAACCAUGGACGCCGUCCGCGAAGCCCAAAAUGGAGGCAAUAACAAAGGCUGGUGCAAAAGUAGCGUCUUACAAUAAGGCAAUGUCUAGAGUUCCUGAUAGAUUAACGCCUAGAGUUUUAUUACCAGGCAGUGGAGGGAAAAUUGCAGCAAACCGAAGUUCCAUCGAAGGAGAUUCUAAAAAAGUUGCAAGUUGGGCUGUUUCUCGUUCAGUUUUGGAUGAUAAACAACUUUUUUCUGAUGGUAAAAGGCAGGCGUGUUCAAAGGUUUCUAAAGGGAACCUAAAAAACGAAAAUGUUCUUAGCGAGAGCCCACCUUCUGAAAUUUCCUAUGUAGUGGGGAGACGUAGGACAGGAUUGAUGAGAAUGAUUGAGGAGCGAAAAGAUUCUCUUAGUCAGAGAUUAGAUAGUAAAGUUUCGAUUCCCUCGCAUGCAUUGCAGCGACACUAUAAAGAACAGGACUUGGCGACAAGUGACAGAAUUGAGACAAGUCCAUUGCAUCACAUGCGUUUAACACAAGUCAAUUCUGAAGCUGGACCUUCAGUUGGUGGUUUAAUAGAACGCUUUGUCGCUCACGAUGGCUUGAAUUCAGAAACCGUAAAUCCUCAUUCAGAUGGGCAUAUUUUGAUCACAGAAGAGGACCGAGCCCUAAUUAGAAAAAGGGGCAUAAGUCGGCUGCAGCGUCUUAACCUUGCUGAAUCUGAAGUGAAGAAGGUGUUAAAACCGGUUUUUAGGAGCGGUGAAAUAGACGGAGCUGAGUACAAAUUGAUUUUGAAAAAAUGCGUCGUAAAGAUACUUGGAAGCAGAAGCUCUAUUGAGGCCAACAGAGUCGAAAGGCUCGUGUGGAAAUAUAUUUGCCGCACGCGAGGACUGAAGUACAGUGAAGUACUGUAAUUGUAGCAGUUCAACCGGGACUUUCAUUGAGAUCCACUGAGUGCUUCUGCGUCUAGACAGCAAAAAUGAAUUUGUUUAUAUGCAAAUUAAUUUUUCUUUUCAUUUAUUUAUGUAUUUAUUUUGUCAAAACUAGCAUCGAUAAUCUUUUGCAGUUGAUAUUUUCUAAGAGCAAAAUAUUUUAAAAAAUUCACUUGAUAUUUUCAUGAAAAAUUGAAUCUCA